ACAACGCGUUCGUCUGAAAAAAAAACAACCGCAUCCGAUUGUUAAAUGGGGCUGACGCAGGUUUGUUAGUGGUCGUGUGUCAAAUGCGGUCGUUCCCCUCUAUUUAGGUUGCCUACGCAGGCUGCUUCCACAGAAUGACGUCUACGGUGUCCGUAGUGCACUCGGUGCUUGAGUGUGCGUCGGUUUGGGAAACGCGCUUCUGCUGCUCGUGUAUACACAACAAACCCGAGGUUCCACUGGAGCAUGAGCGAUAUAACCGAUAUAAAGCAGUUCAUUAUUAUUUUCUGACUGGAAAAGAAGUCUAUAGUUUUAUUUAGUCAUGGCAGCUGACUGUGAGGCCUGGCUGAACGCCAACCCGGUCGAAGCGGAUGAUCUGAGCGACUCGUAUCAGUCGGGCGGCGAGGAGAAACGCGGCUCCCGCAACAACGACGAGAUCAAUGGGAACUGGGUCACGGCACCGGUGGGGACGGUGCACGAGGCUCGACUCAAAGCCAAGGCCAAGCGGCGCCUCCGCAAGAACUCGUCCAGAGACUCGGGCCGGGGAGACUCGCUGAGCGAGAACGGGGACGCCUCACGCUCCGCCGCGCCCCCCACCAGCCCCAAGGGCAAAAUCCUGGACCGCAGGUCACGCCUGGGCAAAGGGAGGGGCCUGCCGAAGAAAGGUGGCGCUGGAGGUAAAGGUGUGUGGGGAACACCAGGAGAGGUGUACGAUGUCGAGGAGGUCGACGUCCGUGAUCCAAAUUACGACGAAGAUCAGGAGAACUGCGUGUACGAGACGGUGGUGCCGCCCCUGGACGAGGACAACUUCACCCGGACGGUCACGCCCAUCGUCCAGGAGUACUUCGAGCACGGAGACGCCAACGAAGUCGCGGAGUUAUUAGGAGAGUUGAAUCUGGGCUCCAUGCGCAGCGACGUGCCGCUCCUGGCCGUGUCGCUGGCGUUGGAGGCCAAGGCGAGUCAGCGAGAGCUCACGUCCCUCCUGUUGUCUCGCCUGUGUGGUCGCGUCCUGAGCCGCUCCGACAUCGAAGCCUCCUUCCACAAGCUCCUGAAAGAGCUGCCUGACCUGGUGCUGGACACGCCCACGGCGCCACAGCUGGUCGGUCAGUUCAUUGCCAGAGCUGUCGGAGAUCAGAUUCUCUCGAAGACCUACAUCGAUGGCUAUAAAGGCAGAGUGGACUGUGAGCACGGCAGGGCUGCCCUAGACCGUGCUGCCGUCCUGCUGAAGAUGAGCAAGGAGGCGGCACUCAAGAUCGAUAACCUCUGGGGCUCAGGGGGAGGCCAGAGACCCGUCAAUCAACUUAUCAAAGAGGUAAACCUGCUGCUGAAGGAGUACGUGCUCUCGGGCGACACGGCCGAAGCGGAGCGAUGUCUGCGGGAGCUCGAGGUGCCGCACUUCCAUCACGAGUUUGUCUACGAGGCUAUAAUCAUGGUUCUGGAAUCCAAAGGAGACACGACGCUUCAGUCGAUCCUCAAGCUGCUGAAAUCUCUCUUCGACUCCUCAGUCAUCACUCUGGACCAAAUGAGAAGGGGUUAUGAGAGAGUGUACAUGGACAUUGCCGAUAUUAAUAUUGACGUGCCGUGUGCGUACUCCAUCCUGGAGCACUUUGUGGACAAAAGCUUCACCACUGGAGUCAUCGACAAAAAACUCCGAGACCUGUGUCCUUGUCGAGGAAGGAAGAGGUUCGUCAGUGAAGGAGACGGCGGACUCGUCAAACUCGAAACAUACUGAGUCGUCUGUGUCCCGUGUCCACUUCGUCGUCUGCUGCGUUUUUGAGGAAACUAGUGCUACUCGUCUAAAAACUGCAUACGUGUGUGUAUCCUACAGGUUUAGGUAUAUAUAUAUAUGUAUAUGUAUCUCUCUCUCUCUCUCUCUCUCUCUCUCUCCUGACGAAUGUAGAGCUUACGCAAAGGAACACAGCUGUGGAACAAACGCCCCCCUCCCCCUCCCCGAUACACCAUUAAGGUGACCAGAUAAGCUACAACCCUGAAGAAGUGCCAGUCUCCUUGCAGGUUUUUUGUAUUGUUCAGUUCACUGCCACUCUGCAAAACAUCACCAAAUAUCCAACUCGACCUGCAGGAUAACUCGAGCCAGACGAUGUUUAAACUGACUUCACUUAUCCAGCAUGUAUAACGCAAAAUCCGCUUUGUCAGCAUUCUCACCUUAGCAGUGUUUCUUUCUUUCUUUCUUUCUUUCUUUCUCUCUCUCUCCGCAAUCUGCCUGAACUUUCUCACGCGCGUCCUCGUUUUUCCACUCGGUCUCCCGAAGACCUCCAUUCACCAGAUGCAACAGACAAGAAGACGGCAAUACGGAGAAAUGUGAAGCGAUUCUUUCACCCAAACUUCAUUGGGGGAUAAAAAAAAAAUAUUUUAUAUUUUUGUCUGAAAAACACUGACAUGGGGAUGUUUCACCGGAUGUUCUCGCUGUUUGUUGAAAAUGGUUAAAAAAAUAAUAAUAAAGCUUUAAAAAGAAA